AUGGUAUUUCGGAACGUCCCCGUACCCGAUCAAUCUGCCUUCCAGCGAGACCCAGUCGAUUGUUCAGUUCCACGCGUUUACAUGUUAGUGGUAGAAGGAAAGCUCUACCACAGCGCGACGCGGCAAAAGGAGUUAGGACGACAGAUACAUCUGACGCUAAACCGUGCAAGGCAACUCGUUACCCACAACUUCCCCCACACUUUGCUUGCUCUAUCCCAGCUGCCUUUGGACAUUGGAGCUCGGUUUACAGCAUUGCUGGCAAGAGGAGAAGAUAAGUGGAAGAAUUGGAAUCACAAAAAUAGGAACAAGAAGAAACGAAAAUUACUACUUGACAAGCUCGUCACCUCCCAGCUUGGCUUUCUGGCUCAGCGGCGUCUGGCUCGUGGAGUUCGGUUGAAUCAUGCGGAAGCGACGCUGAUACGUGAUGGCCACCAUACUGUGGCCGACCUGAUGGCCAUCGGCAAGAUGAUGCUGGGGCGACGUCAUGUUCUGCCAUCAGUGACCUCCACCGUUCAUGAGGUCUUUGUGGAGGGCACUUUCCCUUCCGGCACGUAUCUAGUAACCAUCCACGAACCUAUCAGCACCGAGGACGGCGAUUUGGAGAAGGCCUUGUAUGGCAGUUUCCUGCCCGUGCCUUCGAAGGAUAUUUUCCCUGAUCCUGACCCGGAAGAUUAUCACCCUUUGAAAAUGCCGGGGGCGGUUAUUCCUGUCAAGCAGUCCAGAAUUAUGCUAAGUGAGGGACGUAAAAGAAUCUCUCUUAAAGUAACCAGUAAAGGGGAUAGGCCCAUUCAGGUUGGCUCCCAUUACCACUUCAUCGAGGUCAAUCCGCAUCUGGAUUUUGAUAGACUCAGAUCGUAUGGCUACCGCCUGGAUAUCCCCGCGGGAACUGCUAUCCGGUUCGAACCGGGAGAUUCCAAAACGGUGACUCUCGUUGAGAUAGGUGGAAACAAGGUGAUUCACGGGGGUAAUUUUCUGGCCAGUGGCAAAGUGGACCUCACCAGGGCAGAUGAAAUUCUUGAGCGACUUCAAAAAGCCGGGUUCGCGCAUACACCUGAGCCAGCGAGUGAUAUUACCCAUAUCGACCCGCAUUCGAUGGAUAGGGAAUCGUACAUGCGCAUGUUUGGCGCCACCACCGGCGACCUUAUUAGACUAGGCUCAACGGAUCUAUGGAUAAAGGUAGAAAAGGACUUAACUUCGUUUGGGGAUGAGUGUACGUUUGGCGGGGGCAAGACCUUGAGAGAAGGCAUGGGCCAAGCGUCCGGAAGAUGCUCAGACGACGUACUGGACACCGUUAUUACGAAUGCACUUAUUGUCGAUUGGACUGGGAUUUAUGUAGCUGAUAUCGGCAUUAAGGAUGGAAAUAUUGUCGGUAUCGGAAAAGCGGGGAACCCUGAUGUUAUGGAUGGGGUCUAUCCGAAUAUGUUUGUUGGAUCUGGUACUGAUGUAAUUUCUGGGGAACGAAACAUAGUCACCGCUGGUGGCGUGGAUACUCACAUUCAUUUUAUCACCCCGGAUCAGGUACAGGAGGCUCUGGCGUCAGGUGUCACCACGAUGCUGGGUGGUGGUACAGGUCCCAGUACUGGAACAAACGCGACCACGUGUACGCCGGGGCCGAACCAUAUGAAAAAUAUCAUCCAGGCCUGUGACGGCUUACCAAUGAAUUUUGGGAUCACAGGUAAAGGGAAUGAUUGCCAGCCCCAAAGUCUGAGAGAGCAGAUUCGUGCUGGAGCUGCAGGUCUGAAACUACAUGAAGACUGGGGCUGUACCCCAGCGGCAAUCGAUACAUGCCUCUCGGUUUGCGAUGAGUAUGACGUGCAGUGUCUCAUCCACACCGAUACGCUUAACGAAUCUGGUUUUGUCGAACAAUCGAUCCAAGCAUUCAAGGGUCGCGCCAUCCACACCUACCAUACCGAAGGCGCGGGUGGAGGCCAUGCGCCGGAUAUCAUCUCAGCCGUCCAAUUCCCUAAUGUCCUACCAAGUAGCACCAACCCUACACGCCCAUUCACUUUAAAUACUCUAGACGAGCACCUGGACAUGGUCAUGGUAUGCCAUCAUCUUUCCAAAAACAUCCGUGAAGACGUCGCAUUCGCCGAGAGCCGUAUUCGUGCUGAAACAAUUGCGGCAGAAGACGUGCUGCACGACCUGGGUGCCAUCAGCAUGAUUUCUUCAGAUUCCCAGGCUAUGGGUCGCUGCGGUGAAGUGAUUCUUCGCACGUGGAACACGGCGCAUAAGAACAAGCUUCAGCGUGGCCCCUUAGAGGAAGAUAGAGGAACGGGCGCGGAUAAUUUUAGGGUGAAAAGGUAUAUCAGUAAGUAUACAAUUAACCCGGCAAUCACGCAGGGCAUGUCCCACCUUAUUGGCAGUGUUGAGGUGGGGAAGGUUGCAGAUCUUGUCAUGUGGAAGUUUUCGGACUUUGGAACGAAACCAAAUAUGGUGUUGAAAUCUGGUAUGAUUGCUAUGGCGAUGAUGGGCGACGCGAACGGUUCGAUCUCAACUAUCGAACCCAUGCUGAUGAGGGCGAUGUAUGCGGCCCACCUUCCCAGAACAUCCAUAACGUUUGUCUCCCAAGCAUCGAAAAGCCUGGGCAUCAUUGAUUCGUACGGGCUCAAAAGGCGCGUUGAAGUAGUGAAGAAUUGUCGAAAUAUUAGCAAGAAAGAUAUGAAAUUUAACGAUGUGAUGCCUAAGAUGAGAGUUGAUCCGGAAAGUUAUCUUCUCUACUCUACCAGCCCUCUUUUCAGCUAUUGCAAUUGGUUAUAUUUAUUGGCAAUUGAUAGUGGGAAUGCUUUGAGAGCUACGUGGGAAAGUGAUAUACAGGACAGGACCGUCCAGCACAUAACGUAUUUUACCCUGGUUAGAUGA